GAAGAUAAGAUAACUGCCCGCGAUAUAUACCUAUUUACUAUACUGUAUGUAGGUCGUUUGGGAACUUGCGACAUGUACAUGUAUUUGUACGUGGUUGUCGUCUGUUUGGUUGUGGGAAGAGGUGUGGCCAACAUCACCGGCCAACACCCCGUUUCUGGAACCUGCUUCUGUCUAACCACCUCCAAUGUCAACGCUCACUCGGGCCCUGGCCUCCACGAGCCGGUGCACGCGUCAUUGUCUGUUAACCAGUGCUACAAGUUCCACGGUGGGAUCCUUACCAAAGAUGGCUACACAUGGUACCAGCUUCAAAACGUCAACGGAGAGAACCUUUGGGUAGCAGGGAAUUUCUUGAACAUAGCCUCUGAUGUAGCCCUAUGUACUGCCGGAGUUUCAGCAUGUACAGACACCACAGCUAAAAAUCUAGCUUGCGAAAUUCUACAGUUACAUAACUCGGGUCGGAUCACUUUAUGGGAUCGUCAUCCUUCUGGUAACCAUGACAACGCCUAUGCCUAUAACAACAUCCGGGAUACCUGUAGGGGACUAGGGGCCUCCAGAUCAAGUUAUUACUGCGACCUAUGUGGUAACAACACGCCCGGAGGUCACGUUUGUCUCAGCAGGACGCUGUUACAAUUCAUAUACGACUUGGGUAAAGCAGGUAACAUGCAUGUAAAUGAGAUAGCGGGGGCCUGCCACCACUGUCACUCAUCUCACUACAAAGGGACGGCUGUAGACAUUCAGGCCAGCUCUAGGAACACCGAGAUCAUGACCAAGUGCAGGUCCAUGGGUGGAUUCGCCCUCGAUGAGACUAGCCAUAUCCAUUGUAACUUCUGAUGAAGUAGAAUAACAUUAUUGUCUUAUAUAUUGUCGCGAUAUCCGUAUUUCAUAGAAAGAAAUCUGAAUAAAGUCCUGAUUUGUACUGACAAUACAUUGUAGAAACCAGGUCAAAUUUAUUUAUAUGCAUGACAAAGCACAUGUCAAUUAAAACGUAUAUUUUA